CGGGGGCGGUUUGAGCGGCAGCGCCCGGCGCGGCGGCGGCUCCGCGGGACCCGCACGAUGCUGCCUCUAUCGCUGCUGAAGACGGCGCAGAACCACCCCAUGCUGGUGGAGCUGAAGAACGGGGAGACCUACAACGGGCACCUGGUGAGCUGCGACAACUGGAUGAACAUCAACCUGCGGGAGGUCAUCUGCACGUCACGGGAUGGAGACAAGUUCUGGAGGAUGCCCGAGUGCUACAUCCGUGGCAGCACCAUCAAAUACCUGCGGAUCCCCGACGAAAUCAUUGACAUGGUGAAGGAGGAGGUGGUGUCCAAGGGCAGGGGCCGUGGUGGGAUGCAACAGCAGAAGCAACAGAAGGGCCGUGGGGUUGGAGGAGCUGGACGAGGUGUGUUUGGUGGCCGUGGCAGAGGAAUUCCAGGCAGUGGAAGAGGCCAGCAGGAAAAAAAGCCAGGCAGACAAUCAGCCAAGCAGUGAAAUGUCUGCACCCAGGCCGGGGACAGUUUGGGUUUUGUCACCUCAGGAUUUGCCACGUGUUCAAAAACGUUCCCUUUCCCACUCUCCCGUUGAGUCAAUCAGAGCCCAAAUCAGGUUCAUUUGGAAGCCCCUCGUGAUUUAAUCUGGUCAAGUGGAGUUUUCACUCCUUGUAGUUAGUAAGUCAUUGGAAAUAUUUCUUAAAAAAAAAAAAAAAAGAAAAAAAAUCAUUUAUGGUUAAGGACUGAAGUUCUGCCUUCUCCUGAGAGUGAAUUUUUCAGGGUCGCCAGGU